AUGGCCUCCCCGGCGCCGGCGUCCCCUGCGGCCGCCGCGGCCCACGCUCCUCCACCGCGCAUCGGGCUCGCGGGCCUCGCCACCAUGGGCCAGAACCUGGCUCUCAACAUCGCCGAGAAGGGGUUCCCGAUCUCCGUCUACAACCGCACCGCCGCCAAGGUGGACUCUACGCUCUCCCGCGCGCGGGACGAGGGCGCGCUGCCGGUGCUGGGCCACCGCGACCCGCGCGGGUUCGUGCUCUCGCUCGCCCGCCCGCGCACCGUCGUGCUCCUCGUCCAGGCGGGCCCCGCCGUCGACGCCACGAUCCAGGCCCUCUCCCCCUACCUCGAGCCCGGCGACGCCAUCGUCGACGGCGGCAACGAGUGGUACCAAAACACGGAGCGCCGCAUCGAGGAGGCCGCGGCGCGCGGGAUCCUGUACCUCGGGAUGGGCGUGUCCGGCGGCGAGGAGGGCGCGCGAUACGGGCCCUCGCUCAUGCCCGGCGGCCACGUCGAUGCCUACAACAACAUCAGGGACAUCCUCGAGAAGGCCGCGGCGCAGACGGAAGAUGGGGCGUGCGUCACCUUCGUUGGGCCCGGUGGUGCCGGCAACUUCGUUAAGAUGGUGCACAACGGGAUCGAGUAUGGCGAUAUGCAGCUCAUCGCUGAGGCAUACGAUGUGCUCCGCAGAGUUGGGGGCCUGUCCAACUCGGAGAUUGCCGAUGUGUUUGCGGAAUGGAACAAGGGCGAGCUCGAGAGCUUCUUGGUUGAGAUCACCGCGGAUAUAUUCACCGUGGCUGACCCAUUGGAUGGGAGCGGCGGGGCCCUGGUUGACAAGAUUCUAGACAAGACUGGGAUGAAGGGGACUGGGAAAUGGACGGUGCAGCAGGCCGCAGAGCUUGCAGUGGCAGCACCCACAAUUGCCGCAUCACUGGAUGGGAGGUACUUGUCAGGGUUGAAGGAUGAACGGGUUGCGGCUGCUGGGGUGCUCGAGGAAGAGGGGAUGCCAGCAGGGCUGUUGGAGACGAUUAAUGUUGAUAAGAAGGUGCUGGUGGAUAGGGUCAGGCAAGCGCUUUACGCCUCGAAGAUUUGCAGCUAUGCACAGGGCAUGAAUCUGCUGCAAGCCAAGAGUGUGGAGAAGGGUUGGAACCUUAACCUUGCAGAGCUUGCCAGGAUUUGGAAGGGCGGAUGCAUUAUCCGUGCGAGUUUUCUUGAUAGGAUCAAGAGGGCGUAUGACAGAAAUCCUGAGCUUGCCAAUUUGAUUGUUGACAGAGAGUUUGCAAGGGAGAUGGUGCAGCGGCAGAAUGCGUGGAGGUGGGUUGUGGCACGGGCGGUGGAGGCUGGCAUUAGCACACCAGGAAUGACUGCUAGCCUUUCGUACUUUGAUACCUACAGAUCAAGUCGAUUGCCUGCAAACCUGAUCCAAGCACAGAGGGAUCUGUUUGGUGCGCACACCUAUGAGCGCAUUGACCGUCCAGGUUCAUUCCACACAGAAUGGAACAAGCUGGCGAGGAGAAGCAAUGGUGCAGCCAUUUGA